AUGCGUAUCGAUCAGAGCGUCGCGCGUCGCGUACAACGGAGACACGGAUUCGAAAUCCGAUCGGUUCGGAUCAACACGCUCGCGCAAUCCGCCAACUCAACGGCGUUUAAGACGACGUUACACGCCUCGAGCGGACGCGUCGUUCGCGUCGAGCGCACCUUGGACCCAUCGAGAUCGGUCUACGUCCUGAGAUUUACCUUGGAUCGCGAUGUCGACGGGGAAGCGGUCGUGAGGGGUCGAAACGCGGCGCGCGUGCACUUCGGUUUGACGCGGGAGAGCGCGCGGGAGUGGAUGUGCUUGGAAGACGCCCCAAUCGACUCGGAGUACGACGAAGAGACGAACGCGACGAGAGUAAAAUUUGAUGAGGAAACGAGCGCGUGCACGAUCGAGAUACCGGAGUACGCCGCACCGGCGAGCGCGCAGUUCGUGUUGUGGGACGCGGAGCGGGACGCGUACGACGAACCGUCGGGAUCGAGCGCGAGCGGGGGCGCGUUCAGCGUGCCGGUCGGGUACGGGUACGGACACGCGAGAGAGUUAGGGGCGAGCGUGUCGUCGUACGACGCGAUUGCGAAGACGGGAGAGUUUAAUAUCGCAGUGUUGUCGCGCAAAGCCGAGGCGUGCGCACUCGUGUUACAAUACGGCGAAAACACGAUGGAGUUGGCGCUGAAUCCGUCCUCGCAUCGAACAGGGAACGUUUGGCACGUGAGCGUGCCGUUUGGAGGGGCAAACGACGUCUUACACGCCCCGACGCGAGAGGAUGACGUGACGUACGGGUUUCGGUUUGAGGGCGAUCCCGAAGGUAGAGGCGGGUCGAGAUUUUUCCCGGCGCAAGUUCUCUUCGAUCCGAGAGCGAUCGAACUCAGGAAGCCUUUGAAUGCGAUGGAGGAACCGACGCCGACGCCGAGGUACAUGGGUUCGCUCGCUGCGGUCUUGGAGCGGCGCGAGACCAUGACGCGCGAGACGUCGUCGUCCGCGAACGCGCGCGAUGACACGAGCAGCGUGACGCUGAACGUGGACGUGUCGACGCUCACGAGUGCGGGGACGCUGAACGCCGCGCUCGAGGAACUGUGCCGCUUACGAUCGGUGAUGCGAUUCAACGCCGUGGCGCUCGCGCCUAUUCAGGCGCGUUCGGCGGAUGGGCGCGCCGACGCGCCGGUGAGCUUUUUCGCCAUCGAUCCGAGAUUUGGCACUCGAGCGGAUCUUCGAGCGUUUGUGAACAAAAUGCGAUCGUUCGGCGUCGAGGUGUGGAUGCGCUUCGUGCUAACGCAAACGGGCGAGGGUACGGAUGAGGCGCCGAGGAGCGAAAGUCUCCGCGGCGUCGACGCGGCGUCCUACUUUCAACUCGGCGAGAGCGGUGGGCUAGAACCGGCGGGGGUGCCAAUGACGACGGCGUUGAAUCCGUGCUCGGCGCCCACGAUGGCGCUGCUCACGGACGCGCUAAGACAGUUUGCCUUGCACGACGGCGUCGCGAGUUUCAUCAUCGAAACCGGCGGAGGCGUCGUUCGAGGCCCGCUUGGUCGCUCACCGCUCUUGGAAAAGCUUUCACACGACGCCGUCAUUGGAAACGCGCCAAAGAAGCUUUGGCUCACGCCCAGCACCGAUGAGUGCGGGAAGAUGCCGUCAUGGGGGAUCAUCGGAGAGAUCAACUCCAAGUACGCGCGAGUCGUCGAGCAAUUUUUCGCCGGCACCCCUGGGGUACUUAACGACAUGUCGCUCUGCCUGAACGGCUCGCCGGAUAUUUUCCGCGCAAACCGCGACGCGAGGCACGGGAUGAACGCUAUCGCGGCCAAGCCGCGGCUGGUGACUUCUCCGGCGGCCGCUGCGGAUGACGCUACGGACCCCGUCGAGCGGGCCAAACUCGCGACACUCUUCACCUCCUCCGGAGGCGCUCUGAUCGAUUUCGACGCGCUCGAUCCGGCGUUGCUCCCGUUUGUGGCGCAGCUCGCCGAGUUCAGGCACGAGUUCGAAGAUGUCUUCGCGGCGGACGUAUCUGUGGGAUCCGUCCAAUGGAUUGAACCAUACUCUGGCGGCGCGCCGAAUUUCGCCGCCUCUGACGCCCCACCCGCGUUGGCGUGUCUCCGCCGCGAUCUCACCGGCCUCACGGUGCGCGAGAUCUGGAUCGCGUACAACGGCACGAACACCGACGUCGCCGCCAAACUCCCGCAAGCGCCGAGCGGCACUUCCUGGACCCGUCGAUUCGAUACCUCGCUUCCACAAACCGAGCGCUUUAUCGCCGCGCACGCGAUGUCAGCCGUCGUCGUGAACAAACCAAGAUCCGUCAUCGCGUAUGUUGCGACGACAUCGACCGCGUAG